AUUGGAUAAUCCCAGUUGUCAAUUUCUGUUUGGUUCAAAUUGAACACCCAAUAGAGAAAGUAAUAAUUGGCUGCCAUUGCCUAUGGCUCCCUGCUGUUUAUUCAUCUCUAACUCUUCAUCAAAAACUCCAAAAAUGGAGACUGUGAUUCUUCCCUGUAAAUCAAUAUUUCCAACAAUUUCAGAAUUGCCCCAAAACUUUCAUCCUAAACCCAAAACUCCCAUCAACUUUUCACCUCAAGAACCAAGAAUCACAGAUAACCAUUUGAAUUAUCUCUUGAAAAAUGGGAGUCUCAGUGAAGCUAUAACAGCUCUUGAAUCCAUUUCACAAUAUGGGUAUAAGGUAAAAUCUGAAACUUUUUCAAGACUUAUUGAAUCUUGUAUCAAUGAAAAGUCACUGAAUUUAGGUCGUAAGCUUCAUGAAAAGAUGGAAUAUUUAUUGGAAAAAAUUGACCCUUUUAUUGAAACUAAAUUAUUAGGUAUGUACUCGAAAUGUGGGUCGUUUCAAGAAGCAUAUCAACUGUUUGAUAAAAUGUCUCAAAGGGAUUUAUUUGCUUGGUCUGCUAUGAUUGGUGCUUGUUCGAGGGAGAGUAGGUGGAGUAAAGUUAAGGAACUUUUUUAUAUGAUGAUGGGGGAAGGCAUUGUGCCUGAUAGUUUUUUGUUUCCGAAGAUUUUACAAGCAUGUGCGAAUUGUGGGGAUGUUGAGAGUGGGAUGUUGAUUCAUUCGAUAGUGAUUCGAUGUGGGAUGGGGUGUGAGAUUCGUGUGAAUAAUUCACUUUUAGCUGUUUACGCGAAAUGUGGGUUGUUAGGUUGUGCGGAGAGGCUUUUUGAGAGUAUGGAGAUGAGGGAUACGGUUUCUUGGAAUUCGAUUAUAAUGGCGUAUUGUCAUAACGGAGAGAUUGUUGAGGCGCGGAGGUUGUUGAAUUUGAUGAGUGUUGAAGGCGUAGAACCAAGUUUGAUUACGUGGAAUAUAUUGAUUGCGAGUUAUAAUCAGUUGGGCAGGUGUGAUGAGGCGUUGGAGGUUAUGAAGGAGAUGGAGGGUAAUGGGAUAAUGCCGGAUGUUUUUACUUGGACUUGUCUGAUUUCAGGUUUGGCUCAACAUAACAGGAACGGUCAGGCAUUACAAUUGUUCCGGGAGAUGAUUUUGAAUGGAGUUACACCAAGUGAAGUAACACUUACAAGCAUAAUUUCAGCUUGUGCGUCUCGUAAGGACCUGAGGAAGGGAAGAGAGCUUCACUCUUUGGCUGUUAAGUUUGGAUUUGAUGGAGAGGUAAUUGUUGGGAAUGCUUUGGUUGACUUAUAUUCCAAGUGUGGUAAACUCGAAGCUGCUCGUCUGGUCUUUGAUACGAUCCCAGAUAAAGAUGUAUACAGUUGGAAUUCCAUGAUUGGAGGGUACUGCCAAGCUGGGUAUUGUGGAAAAGCCUAUGAUCUUUUUAUGAAGAUGCAUGAGUCUGAGGUAUCACCUGAUGUAAUCACGUGGAAUGUUCUCAUUACAGGACACAUGCAAAAUGGUGAUGAGGAUCAAGCAUUGGAUCUUUUCCGGAGGAUGGAAAAGGAUGGGAGCAUUAAGCGGGACGCUGCCUCAUGGAACGCUCUCAUUGCUGGCUAUUUGCAAAAUGGACAGAAAGAAAAAGCAUUAGGUAUAUUCCGGAAAAUGCAGUCAUUUGGUUUUAAGCCCAACGCAGUUACCAUUUUGACCAUCCUACCAGCUUGCGCAAACCUGAUUGCUGCAAAGAAGGUGAAGGAGAUCCAUCGUUGUGCUUUGCGUUGGAAUCUGGAAAAUGAGCUCUCUGUUGCUAAUUCUCUUAUAGACACAUACUCCAAGUCUGGGGGUAUAAAAUACUCAAGAGCAAUAUUUGAUGGGAUGUCAACCAAAGAUAUCAUUUCUUGGAACACCAUGAUUGCUGGUUAUGUUUUACACGGCUAUUCCAGUGAGGCAAUAAAGCUAUUUGAUCAAAUGAAAAAGGCAGGGCUUAAACCAAAUAGGGGUACUUUCUCCAGUGUGAUUUCAUCUUAUGGUCUAGCCAAAAUGGUUGAAGAGGGGAAACGUAUAUUCUCUAGCAUGACUCAGGAGUAUCGGAUUUUACCUGGUCUAGAACAUUGUGUGGCUAUGGUUAAUUUAUAUGGCCGCUCAGGUGAACUUGAAGAAGCAAUUGAUUUUGUAGACAAUAUGACCAUGGAGCACGAUAUUUCCUUAUGGGGUGCAUUGUUGACCGCUUCUCGCGCGCAUGGUAAUUUGAAUUUAGCUAUCCAUGCUGCGGGACAAUUAUUCAAACUGGAUCCUGGAAACGUAAUGAUUUAUCAGUUACUUUUACAGUUAUAUGUACUAAGUGGGAUUUCUGAAGAGUCAGUAACAGUGACACGACCUAAAAAAAGAAAUCAUCAUGAAGAAUCUCUUAGUCGGAGCUGGACUGAGAUCGACAAUGUGGUCCAUGCUUUUGCUUCAGGUCAACAAAGUGAUUCUGAGGUUCCAGAUUCUUGGAUAAAAAGAAAGGAAGUAAAAAUGAAGGGAUCCAGUUCUUGUAGUAGGCAUUGCAUCAAAGAAGAGGAGAACGAGGAUAUUACUAGAGUUCAUAGUGAGAGACUUGCACUUUCUUUUGCGCUCAUUAACCAUCCUCAAUCAUCUCAAGUGAUACGAAUUGUUAAGAACCUCAGAAUGUGUGAGGAUUGCCACAGAACUGCCAAAUUUGUUUCUCAGAAAUAUGAACGUGAAAUAUAUGUACAUGACUCGAAGUGCUUGCAUCACUUUAAAGAGGGUAAUUGUUCCUGUGGUGAUUAUUGGUAGGUGGUGGCCAUGAACAGUCAUUUUUACUGCAGACAAGUCUCCUCUUCUCCAAGGAGUUGAUCGAUCUGCUGUUUUCUGGAGAAAAGUUUUGCGUGAGGUAAAGAGGAUCCUCUUUGACAAUGUAUAGAUGAUGGUGCAAAUGGUAACACACUCAUAUAUUGUAUGGCUGUAAAUAUGAAGAUUCUUUGUUUGGUCAGAUCUUGUAAAUGGUCGAGAGAAACUUGGAUUACGACAAUAGUUCAUAGGUUCUGUAUCAAAUUGUACAAAUGUUAAAAGAGUUAACCUUUCUUCUUACCAAGUGUUCAUCUGAAAUCAUGUUUCCCUUCCUAACCGUGCGAGAAUUGAACUAGCCUUUGGGGUGCGAGAAUUGAACUAGCCUUUGGAUUGGCAUCCCCAAGGGUGUGGCCUAGCAGUUAAAGUGAAGUAAGAAUGUUAUAUAACCCGCUGGAAUGAGGGUGGUUUGCUUACAUGCUUGGUGUCAA